AUGCGUACUUCCACUAUCCUCGCUUCACUCGCCGUAGGGGCUUCUGCUGGCACAGUCUCUGUUCCUUUUGUGAAGAACGGGUUUCAUCAUGGCGCCUCCAUCGAGAAACGCGAUACUCUAGACCUCGAGGCACUGAAUAACAUCACUGGAGGUGGAUAUUAUGCCGAGUUUUCGAUUGGAACGCCGCCCCAGAACAUUAGCUUCCUUCUUGAUACUGGAAGCAGCGAUACCUGGGUCAACUCCAAAAAUACCGAUCUCUGCCAUAGCAAGGAGGCGCAACAAACAAAUGGAUACUGCAUGACUACUUUCAACCCUGACAAGAGUCGUACAUUCAAGGUUGUUGACCGGGAUGGUUUUGAUAUCAGAUACCUAGACACUCGGCGAAUUGAGGGUGAUUACUUCAAUGAUACCGUCACCAUAGGCGGUAAAGCUGUCAAGCAGCAGCUGGGUCUUGCAGUCAAGUCUGUUCGCCCAACUGGUAUUAUGGGCCUAGGCUUCUCUGCCAACGUUGCUGCCAACAAGUCAUACCCUGCCAUUGUCGAUAACAUGGUAUCUCAGGGUCUCAUUGACACAGCUGCUUACAGUCUCUGGCUAAACGACCUCAGUUCCGAUCAAGGAACCGUCCUCUUCGGUGGCAUCGACACCCAAAGGUUUUAUGGCGAGCUUGCCACUCUUCCCCUGCUGCCCGAAUCUACCAAGUCUCUCAACGUCACCUCCUUCAGCGUCGCCUUGAAGGGUUUGGAGGUCAAGACACCAAAGAAACCAGACGGUAUCAAGAUGGACUCUCUCAAGAAGAACACAGUCGCGAUUCUUGACUCUGGCUCCACCGUUUGUCUCAUGCCGGACGCUCAGGUCAAGGAAAUCUACAAGGCCUUCGAUGUCCUCAGCGUGCAAGACGUCAACAUCCCUUUUGUAGACUGCGGUUACGCAAAAGACAAGGGCAAAGGCAUCAACUUCGACUUCCAGUUCGAAAACAAGACAAUCUCUGUCCCCAUGAGCGAAAUGAUCGUCAAUGCAUUCCCUGAUAACCAGGAUAUUUUCAAGGAUCCCCGUCUCGACUAUUACUUCAAGGACUGGGAUGGUGUCUGCAUGUUUGGCAUUUCACCUUCCAGCACCUACGGAGUACAAACCUCCACUUUCACGAUUCUUGGCGACACGUUCCUACGCUCAGCUUAUGUCGUUUAUGAUUUGGCAAACAAGCAAGUGGGAAUCGCUGAGGCCGCCCAUGGUAAGGAAUCAAAGAUCGUUGACCUCGACGCCAAUUCCAAACUAUCAGCUGUUUCCGGACUUCCAGAGCCCGAGAACGCUGCCGGUCACAUUUCUCCCGUUUCCUUGGUGAGCCUCAUCGUAGCUGCGGGUAUUGCUUUGGCUGCUCUGUAA